CACCAAGUCCGCUUCCGGUUAAGGAGGACACGUCACUUAUUCGACUGAGGAAGAGAACCCGUGCAAAUCUCGCAUUAAAGCUAUAGUUUGUAAAAGAAAAUCUAAGCAUGUCGAGCUCGGUCUUGUCGGUUAUUUCUCGGUUUCUGGAGGAAUACACCACCACAACCCCCACUAGGCUGAAAGUGGUGGACGCAUACUUGCUUUACAUCUUGCUAACAGGAGCGCUGCAGUUCCUUUACUGCCUACUCGUCGGCACCUUCCCAUUCAAUAGCUUUUUGUCGGGCUUCAUUUCAUGUGUGGGCUCUUUCAUUCUCGCAGUGUGUCUUCGCAUCCAGAUCAACCCUCAGAACAAAGGAGACUUCUUGUCCGUUUCCCCAGAGAGAGCCUUCGCUGACUUCCUGUUUGCUCACACCGUCCUCCAUCUUGUUGUGAUGAACUUCAUCGGCUGAAUCAGACGUACAUCAAACUAAGAUCAACCCCUAAACUUUCAGAAGAUCAUGCCAAGAUAUUAAAACUCCCCCUGCAAGACAUGAAGCUGCAUCGCUGUUUGGACCGCGUCCUCCCACCGUCAGCGCUGAAUGAGAUGCAGCAUUUUUUCAUUUGAUGCAGAACAUCUUUUUUUUUUUUUUUUUUUUUUACUGAUGGUUAAUUUUUUUUACGCUGACAUUUGUAAAGCAAUUCCUCUUUGCACUCAAAUAAAAACUAUAAUUGUAAA